ACUCUUAAACCUAUCGAAAAACAAAGCUAAAAGCCUAAAACCAAAACAGCCACACAACACAAACUCUCUCUGUCUCUCUCUCGCGCUGCGAUUUCGAUACUAACGAGAAGGAUGGGAAGGAAGUUCUUCGUCGGCGGUAACUGGAAAUGCAAUGGAACCGCUGAGGAGGUGAAGAAGAUUGUUAACACACUCAACGAGGGUCAAGUGCCUUCCCAAGAUGUUGUUGAGGUUGUGGUCAGCCCUCCAUUUGUGUUUCUUCCCCUGGUGAAAAGUUUAUUGAGGCCUGAUUUUCAUGUUGCGGCACAAAACUGCUGGGUUAAGAAAGGUGGUGCUUACACCGGGGAGAUUAGUGCAGAGAUGCUUGUCAAUUUGGAUAUUCCUUGGGUCAUCAUUGGUCACUCUGAAAGAAGACUUAUCUUGGGUGAAUCCAAUGAGUUUGUCGGGGAUAAGGUUGCAUAUGCACUUUCUAAAGGUUUGAAGGUGAUUGCUUGUGUUGGUGAGACUCUUGAACAGCGGGAAGCAGGAACAACUGUGGAGGUUGUUGCUGCUCAAACCAAGGCAAUUGCAGAACUUGUAUCGGACUGGACCAAUGUUGUUUUGGCUUACGAGCCUGUGUGGGCUAUUGGAACUGGGAAGGUUGCAACUCCAGCUCAGGCUCAGGAAGUACACGAUGAAUUAAGGAAAUGGCUUCACCAGAACACCAGUCCUGAAGUUGCUGCUACCACUAGGAUUAUCUAUGGAGGAUCUGUCAAUGCUGCAAACUCCAAGGAACUAGCAGUGCAACCUGAUGUUGAUGGAUUUUUGGUCGGAGGGGCUUCUCUCAAGCCGGAGUUCAUUGACAUUAUUAAGUCAGCUGAGGUGAAGAAAAGUGCCUGAAGUGUUGGAACUGAGCAAUGAUUAGGCGGUGAUUUUUUUAACCUUUUGUUUUGGAGAUAGAUAAUCUAUCCGCACAAUUUUAUAGUUAAUAUUUGGAGGAAUAACACGUUUUUUUUGACGUAUUUGGGAGAGCACCCGGAUCUGAACUUGGAUUUUAAUGUAUUAAUAAAAUCUGUUUGAUGGCAUUUGUAAUAUGCUUCAGUGCUUGCA